UUUUAAUUCUCCCAUCCCCGUUGAUCUCGCACAGAAAAGCUUUCUUCUACUCCUGUGUCUGGUAGAGAACUGUUGAAGAGUAAAAGAAGAAAACGAAGAAGAGAAAGAGAAAGAAGAGAGAGAAGGGGAAGAAGAACAGCGUCAAAAGUCAGAGAAUCAGUGUGUGUGUGUGUGUGUGUGUAUAUGUGUGCGUGUAAGGUCUUGUUACCCUUACGAAAUAUCCCGGCCGACAGAUUCUCACACAAGUCGGAUAUUUUUCAGUAAAAAAAUAAAAAUAAAAAAAAAAACCUUCCGUUCUCUUUGACUGGACACGAUAAGCGUCGCUUUGCCAUUUUGGAUUUUUUUGUGUGUUGUUGAUCCGUUUUUCCAGCUGCUUUACCUCUCGGUUCGGCGUCGUCCGUUCUGUGUGUGUGUGUGUGGCCCCAAUUUCUGGAUAAUCCUCCAUUUUUUAAUUACGGAUAACUCGAUUGACAUAACGAACGAGAUGGCUUUGGGUAUAGGGGACCAGUUUUGUUUGAGAUGGAACAAUUACCACUGCAAUAUGACGUCAGUGAUAAACCAGCUACUGGCUGAAGAGGCCUUUGUCGAUGUCACUUUGGCCUGUGAUGGUGCCAGAAUCAAAGCUCACAGAGUUGUUCUGUCAGCCUGUUCCCCCUAUUUUCAGCGUGUGCUGUUGGACAAUCCUUGCAAACACCCUGUGCUGAUUCUUCCUGUGGGUGUGGGCCAUGCUGAUUUGAGAGCCAUUGUUGAAUUCAUCUAUAGAGGUGAAACCUACGUAACCAGGGACCAGCUCUCUUCAAUAGUUCGAGUGGCAGAACUUUUGAAAAUCAAAGGGUUAUGUGAAGUGUCACAGCAACAGAAUGAAACUCAAACAGUGGGUUCUGUGAUGUCACACACACUGCCACUCCCACCUGUGGCAGAUCACCAGUCUGGCCCAGGCCCGGGAAACAAUGGCAACUAUACUAAUGUGGUCAACGAUUCCUCAAUGACUACUGUGGCAGCUUCCCUAGGAGUACCCAACAACACAGUUGUCUCAAUGGCAACAAUGACCCAGCCCAUCAAUCAGUUAAUUUCGCCGGGACAGAACAGUGGUCAGGGCCAGAGGCCUUCGUACUCGCCGUCCUACAGGGGUAGGCCUAGAGGAAGGAGACCUUCCGGUUCUUCUGGUUCCGGUCGUGGAGGAUGGACUGGAAAUAGUGGAGAGAAAAGGAAUGCAACAGCUGCCGGGCUUAACUCGGGUGGUGGCGUACGACGUCCAACUCGAGGAACCUAUCGAGGCUCCUGGCCCAGUCGAUCGCCUUCCAAAACGUCACCCACAGGUUCCAAUCAGAGUACUGUACAGGGCAGCAGUAGCCAAGAUUCGGUCGAUUUAGUCCAAGACAACGACUCGAUGAUGGUGCAAACGCCACAAUCACUACAGGGUAAUCCGGGCGGAGGAGGAGGGGGAGGUGGGGGCGAUGUGGGCGGCUAUCACGCCAAUCCUUCAGCAUCGAAUACCCCCGUACAUUCUGCACCCUCAUCACUUGAUUCACAACCGCAAACGACAAAUCUCUACGACACGAGAGGUUACAACAGUCCAGUGGCACUUGACCAUUUGCCCAGUCCAUGGCAGCAUCACCUGAGUCAACAUGCAUCUCACGCUCACAACUUCAGUCCGGGGAACGCCGGCGGCAAUUCAUCGGGUCAACAACAGCAGCAACAACAACAACAACAGGACCGUUCGUUUAAAACGGAGCCUGGUGGAGGCCACGGCGGAGGGGAAUUUCCUCACGCAUCCGCCGUUCGGAGUGAAGCGUCGGUCAAUGACUCUGAUAGGAACGGCCAUGACGAUGGAGGAGGGUUGACGGUGACGCCGGAAAUUUUGGGCUUAAUUCCGUCGCACAUUACCAUGCACGGCCAUCACCCACAUUCGCAUCAGCAGCAACACCAGGGACACCAUUCAGGUGGCAGCGGUCAGAACACGACCGACGGGCCCAUCGGCAAUAACAAUGGAGACGCUGCGAGUGUUGCUGGCGGUGGUAGCGACGGCGGAGCGUCGAUGAAUGCGGUCAACGAUGCUCCGACUAAGAAAAUGUACACACCGGAAGCCAUGGAAGCAGCCCUGGACGCUUUACGUAACGGCAGUAUGAGUUUGACGCGGGCGGCCGCCGCCUUUGGGAUUCCAUCCACAACACUAUGGCAACGAGCCCACCGGCUCGGCAUUGACACACCCAUGAAGAAAGAUCCUUCCAGCAGACAUUGGUCCGAAGAUGAUCUCCGGCUAGCGCUGGAUGCACUCAGAGCUGGCAGAAUAUCAGCCAAUAGAGCUUCCAAGGAGUACGGAAUUCCUAGCUCUACCCUGUACAAAAUAGCCCGAAAGGAGGGAAUUAAAUUAGCAGCUCCAUUUAAUGCCUCGCCGACGACUUGGAGUCCUGAUGACUUGGGUCGAGCACUUGAAGCAAUUCGAGGUGGCAUGUCCGUCCAAAGAGCAGCUACACAAUUUGGCAUUCCGUCCGGGACGCUUUACGGCCGUUGUAAGCGGGAAGGCAUCGAACUAGUUCAUAAGCAAAGUUAUAGCGGGGAUCGACCGUGGUCCGACACGAACAUGACGGACGCUAUGGAAGCGGUGCGGCAGGGGGAAAUGUCCAUUAAUCAGGCAGCCAUCCACUUUAAUGUCCCUUAUUCGUCACUGUACAAUCGCAUCAAGAGGAUAAAAGCGGCAGAAGAGGCCGGCGAAAGUUACGAAGCAGCUCUGGCCGAAAGUGGGCCGCCUCCUGACGAUGGUGAUGUGUACGACGACGAUUUGGACGAGGACGAUCCUAUGAUGAUUGCGGCCGGCAGUGGCGGAGGAGCCAGUGGUGGAGUGACUCCUUCGCCGACAUCACAGGGUCACGCUCCUCAGCACCAGCAGCAACAGGGAAUGGGUGGCGAGCCGUCGCCUUCUCCGUCGUCCUACAACCCGGGCGGUCAUGUUUCUCAUACACCUUACCUGACGAGCCACGUACCUGGUCACGUGACGAUGACUUUGCCCGUCAUGUCGACCGGGCCCGUCCCGCUCACAAUGGACUAUCAAGCCUACGCCCACAGCCAGUCUCACGCCACUAACUCGUCGAGCCAAUCGUCCGGUGCUGUCACCUAUCCGCAGUAAAUUGAAAUUCGAGUCUCCCGAUCAGGGCGGGGUCACCAACAAUUUCUUUUUUUUUAUUUUUUACGUUUCUCUACCCCCCACCUACACACACUAUAUUUUUUUAAUACCAGGUGAAUGGUUCCAAACAAAUGUUGUGCAUGUGUUGCAUCUACGUAUAUCAUUUCCGCUCCUUUUUCCCUUUUUUUAAAAAAACAACCACACACACGACACAUUCGCUUCCGAAAUUUAAGAAAAAUUUAUUAUUUUUGGAGGGUUACACUGGAACUUGUGUCGAUCGAGUUUAUAUAUAAUAUAAUAUAUAAAUAAUCGAGAUGUGAGUAUGGGUUCAAUCACGUCUUGGUCGAUUUUUCGCCUCUAAUCGAUUGAUUUAAAAAAGAAAAAACGAAAACAAAAUUAUUUUUUUUCCACCAUUUUGGACGAGAAAAAAAGCAAUUAUUUGUUUUCCGUUUUAUUUUAUCGGAAUUUAUUCACCUUUUUUUUACCGCCAUGCGGAAAAAUGGAUUUACUUUAGUUUUCUUUUCAAUUGGAUCUGAAGAAAAAAAAAGAGAAAAAUAUUUGAAGAGUCGAGAAAAAACUUGUUUUGAGUGUGUGUGUGUGUGUGUGUGAGUUUGUACAUGUGUGUGCGUGUUUGAUGAAUCUCCUAUAAAAGAAAAUAAGAAAGCAAUCAUUUCUACUCCCGGACCCAGUUCCCACCCCAAUCCCCUCCACAUUUUAAUUUCAAUAUUCAAAACACACACACACCUUAUCCUCCUUUCUCUUUCCCGUGAACAAAAUAAAAAUAAAAAACACAAAAAAAAUUAUGUUUCCGUACAAGAAAAGGAUGAAAUUUAAUAACGCGCGCGAUUGAUUGAUUAUAGUGAAAAUACACACAACUAUUUUUCUGUUGAAAAUGUA